CUUGGGGAUCAGCAGUUCAGCCUCCACACAGGGGACGAAGUUGCCAUCAUCCCACCUCUUAGUGGAGGUUAGGUCUAGAAAGAUACUCACAGAGAAAUCAUGAAUGGACUUGAGGAUGAACCCAAGGAUGUGAUUCAAUUGAAGUAUGAGAAGCUCUCAUUAGAUGAAGUUGCAGCCCUGGUCAUUUCUCCCUGCUGUGGAGCUGUAUCUUUCUUUGUAGGCACUACAAGGAAUAACUUUGAAGGGAAAAAAGUCGUACAGUUGGAAUAUGAAGCUUACACAACAAUGGCAGAAGCUGAAGCAAAGAAGAUAUGCAAAGAUAUCAGAUUGAAAUGGCCUUCCAUGAAGCAUAUAGCAAUACAUCAUCGACUUGGUUUGGUUCCCAUUAGUGAAGCCAGCGUGAUUGUAGCCAUCUCUUCCCCUCACCGAGCAGAGUCUCUCAAUGCCUUGCAAUAUUGCAUCAAUACUUUAAAAGCUACUGUCCCCAUAUGGAAAAAGGAGGUGUAUGAAGAGGAUUCUGCUUGGAAAGGAAAUAAGGAGUGCUUUUGGAUCAAGGGAGAAAAAUAAAAUAUUAAUGAACCAAAAAGAGAAGGCAAAGCUGGCUCAGGGUGUUAAACUGAACUGAGAAAUUCAAUUCCGUUUUUGGUUGAUCGUUUUGAGAGAUGCAGGAAAUAUUUGCCACAUGGCCAACUGUUUAAAAUAUACAAUGUUUAGAUUUCUUUCUCUGUGUUAAUAAGCCUUAAUCCUUAAAAACAGAACAUUCAAAUAUAGAAGUGUAUUCCAAAAUUGAGCUAGUACAAAUUAUAAUUCUCCAAUUUUGAAAUGGAAUGAGAUAAUGAAAUCAUUUAUUUAGGAAUAUUAUUGCUUUCAUGGGCUUCUUUGAAAUCAUUGUCAGUUUAUUCUUUCAGAUCAAAUGUUUUGAGUAUCUCCAAAUUCUGUGGAGUAGCUGAAGCAUUGUGCAGUAACAGUAACACGAAAAAAUGUAACUUUCCCUAUCUUACUUUUGCUCCCUAUCAUAAAUUUAGGUGAUUUGCCCAGUCAUCAUAAAAUUGAGGUGACGACCAGAGAGUUCUCACUAAUUCUAUUAAAAAUAUAGAAAAAGUUAUUUAGAUAUGCAAAGUGUCAUAGGAAACAAUUAAAAAUUUACAAUUAUU